AUACAUGUAACAUGACGUCCCGAAAGAAUCUGUCCUUAUCGCGCUCCGUUUUCCUCUCGAUCGCCGAGCCAAUGAUGAAUCUUCAACGGCUGAAAUGCAGGGCGCGAGGAAAACUCGCGAAUCCCACAAUCGAUGAGGAGCGGCGUGAGAGCAGACCGCAGUCUGCAAUCACGGUUGGCGAUCUCUCGGCGGGACUUGGCGGCUGGCGGGACCCAUCAACUGCCGUCAACUGGAUGCGCGCGUGUGCGCAUUGUCGGCCAUUACGGAUUCAUUCCGACAGACGCGUCGUUGUGGAUCCAGGACGUGGAUUUUUCGACGGAUAUCCCGUAGCGCGAGGGAACCGAGGGCACUGUUGGAACCGAUCGAUCGAGGAUCCGGAUCACGUCGAGCAUGGAUAUGGACAGAUCGAGCAACGGCGAGUACAAGUAUCAGAGGGAGGAAGAUGCCGACGACAAACCCAGGUCGAUCGACGAGUCCGAAGACAAGGAUAACCAGGUCGACAAGGCCGGCGAGUACAUGCACGAGCUUCUGCAGGAGAAGAUCGAGCUGGACGGGCAGAAAUGGCCCAACGCGAUCCGUUUGUUGGAUCAGGAAAUUCAGAAAACGGAAACUAUGCGCAGACCAAUGAGAGAAUCAAAAUAUGUGGAUAUUUAUCGUGAGAAACAUGUUCGUGUCUCUGUCAAAGUUCUGAUACCUGUCCGGGAACAUCCUAAAUUUAAUUUCGUUGGGAAAUUGCUGGGGCCAAAAGGCAACUCCAUGAAACGCCUGCAAGAAGAGACAAUGUGCAAGAUGGCGGUGUUGGGCAGAGGAUCAAUGAAGGAUAAACAAAAAGAAGAAGAACUUCGUGCUUCCUUGAAUUUGAAAUACGCACAUCUUUCCGACGAUCUACAUGUGGAGAUCACCGCUAUUGCCCCACCGGCGGAAGCUUACGCUCGCAUUGCAUUCGCGCUGGCCGAAGUGCGGAAAUAUUUGAUCCCCGACAACAAUGACAAUAUACGUCAAGAACAAAUGCGCGAAAUGGAGAUGACCAUGUCUGAUGAUGGUGUUUCGAAUGAUCGGAGACCUUCGAUGAGAGGACCUGGAAAUCUUGGUGUUGGUAACGUACCGAGGCCCGCUGCCAGGGGACAGGCGCCUAGGACGUCUAGAGCUAUUCUUCCUCCACCACCUGGGCCGAAUCGUGGGCCACAUGUUCGACCACAACCGUCCAAAUCAAAAGUAUUCUCGAUUUUGGAUCGUGCGAGAGCUGCUAUGGAUCAAAGUUAUAAUUAUGAUACUCAAACUCCUCCGCCAACAAAUCGAGCUGGAUCUCAUCAUGAUUACGAUUACCACGGAUCUUCAGGUAGUAACGCUCGAUAUGACCGUUAUACUUCGAAUUCUGGUUACACGACUUACGAAUACGAUGAUGACUCUGCCCCGCAUUCUUCUCGUGAUUAUUACGAAUCUUCGGACUAUCCAGAGGAGUCGUCAAGCCGCGCUUGGAAAUCUUACAAGACCACAACGACGUCAGGCGCAGCCUCACGUUACCGCACCACUCCAUAUACACGACCUUCCAACAUUGUUGCUAAUCCGAUGGUGGGUAAUCUUCCUAAUGUACGGCGGCCUAUGAUGCCCACUAUGCAGAAACCGAUAAACGAAAGAAAUCGUCCUUAAUCGAUCGGCGACACGAAGACUAACACGAUUAUUUUUCGCGGCCACUGGAUAAACAGGAACGUAUAAACUAAUCCAUGAUUAAAAUAUAUCCAAUAUAGAAUUUACACAUCAGCCGAAUUUCAAUAUUCUCAACCACUAACGUGGUAUAAAUUUAUUCCUUUGAAAAUUCCAUUGCUUCGUAAUUUCAUUCAAUUACCUAAUUUUUUUUUAAACAUUAAUUCCGUUCCCUCAGUCCUUUUCCUAAAAUUUUUGACCACAGAUGGAUUUAAUUAUUUACGUGAAGUAAAGGACCAAGAAGA